GGAUUCAGUGUCUGAAGGAGGACUGAAUUAGUUUCUUGACAUGAGCCGCCCUUCGACUCUCCUAGCUGGGGUGGAUAUACAUGGGGGACCGUAUCACUAGAAGAUGGAGGAUUUAACCUCGGAUCAUCAUGGUUGCUGUGACGGUGUGGCGUUACACCAGCGGCCGUGUCCUUGGAGGAUGGGGCCCGCUGCUGUGUGUCCUCCUCGGCUCUCUGGUGGCCCUCCUGUUGCCUCUGGUGGGGGUGGAGGACCAAUGCUGCGCCGCCCUGAAGGGCAUCGCUCAGCUCCGUUGCCAGCUGUGGGGAAGCUCUCAGCCGCCUCCAGCUGUGCAGUCCACCAGCCUCACUGUCCCCUUUACUGCCCUUGAUCUGCUGCCUCAGAGGGCCAAGCCGAGCAAAGAGAUGAAGCUGGAGGCCAAAGCAGCGCUGCUGCAGGCUCUGGAGAUGAAGAAACUGGGGAAGAGGGAGAAGGCUCACAAGCUGCUGGUGCAUGCACUCAGUAUGAAUCCAGACUUUGUGGAUGCCCUAACGGAGCUGGGGACCAUUCUGGAGGAGGAGAAGGAUGUCGUCCAGGCAGACCACCUCUACACCAAAGCCUUGGCCAUCUCGCCAUGUAAUGAGAGAGCUCUGGUCAGCCGAGACCGAACUCUUCCCUUGGUGGAAGAGAUUGACCAGCGUUACUUUGGCAUAAUUGACAGUAAAGUGCGCCGGCUCAUGUCCAUUCCUAAAGGCAACUCUGCACUUCGCAGAGUGAUGGAGGAAACCUACUAUCACCACAUCUACCACACGGUGGCCAUUGAAGGCAGCACGCUCACUCUAUCUGAGAUCCGUCACAUCAUCGAGACGCGUUACGCCGUCCCCGGGAAGAGCCUGCUGGAGCAGAAUGAGGCCAUCGGCGUAGAUGCAGCCAUGAAGUACAUCAACACCACGCUGUUGUCCAGAACAGGAGCCAUGACUGUCAGUGACAUCCUGGAGAUUCACCGGCGGGUGCUCGGCUAUGUAGACCCUGUGGAGGGAGGGAGGCUGCGCACCAGCCAGGUGUUUGUGGGCCACCACAUCCCCCCCCAUCCUCAAGACCUGCAGAGACACAUGCAGGAGCUGGUUCAGUGGCUCAACUCCGAGGAGGCCCUGCAGCUGCACCCCGUGGAGUAUGCAGCUCUUGCCCACUACAAACUGGUGUAUGUGCAUCCAUUUGUAGACGGCAACGGACGCACAUCACGACUGCUCAUGAACCUUGUGCUCAUGCAAGCGCGAUACCCACCGAUCACUAUUCGCAAAGAACAAAGGGCAGAGUAUUAUGGAGCUCUAGACACAGCCAAUGAGGGUGAUGUACGGCCCUUCAUUCGCUUUAUAGCCAAAUGUACAGAGAUGACAUUGGACACGUUGUUGAUUUCUACAACAGAGCACGCUGUGGGGCUGCCGGCAGCCGGCCAGGACCAGGCCUGUCUCGACUGCAAACAGACCAUCCCGAUCCACAACUGAGCUGAAGACGGGAGGAGAAAGGGAGCAUGAGACGUUAGCAUGCAGAGAGAUUUUGAUUAAUUUAAAAGCUCUUUAAUAACAAUCCUUUCCUUUCAUGUGUUGAAUUGCCUCGUCCCUUGGCCAUAUCCUACCUUAUCGUCCCCUUACUUCAGUUUACCUGCUGAAUUCAUUGAAACUGCUGCAGGAUGUUGACUUGAAAUCAGAUUUUGCUGUGUUUAGAUUUGCUUUCAUAUAAAUCUUUUCCCUGCACAAUGAAAAGAAACAUUUUCCCCACUUUGUUUGUAACCAUGUUCCCAUAGGAGUCUUAAUGCAUUUUAAUUCCCAUCAGAAUACAAUCUGAAAUCUGACUACUGGUGAUGUGAGGAGGAAAAAAAGCUUUCUUAUCAUGUCUUUUGACUUGAGAUACUUCAGUGAUUUCCACUCUGUGUGUGUGUGUGUGUGUGUCAUGUCAUGUUCUCAUAUCCCGGUGGGGACUUUAAAUUGAAUGCACACUAACCCAUGGGGACUUGUGUCACUGUGGGGACAAAAAUUGAGGUCCCCAUCGGUAGAGACUGCUUUUUGAGGGUUAAGACCUAGCCUUAAGGUACAGGUUACAAUUAGGUUAAGCUUAGGGUAAGGGGCUAGGGAAAGCAUUAUGUCACUGGCUGUCCCUCACAGGGAUAGUGAAACAAACGUGUGUGUGCUUGUACUUGCUACAUAGUGGGGUACAGAUGAUGUCUCAUAACACUGUAAAGCACUUUCAUGUAUCUGAUUAUUUAUUUUAUUUUAAAAUAAAAGUGUUUUAUUAACUUUCA